AUGGCAGAUAUCUCUGUGCACCCGUCGACAUGGCCGCUCUACGUCUGGCUAUCACUCCUGGUCGCCUUGCCAGCGGCGACCCUCCUCUAUGACGCCUGGACGUGGUUUCGCAUGCCGCCGGGCCCGACCCCCCUGCCCUUCAUCGGCAACAAGCUGCAGCUGCCCAAGUCAAAACCAUGGGUGCAGUUCCAGGAGUGGUCCAAGAAAUACGGGCCCAUCUACACGAUCUGGAUCGGCCGCAGCCCCACCGUCAUCGUAUCAGACCCGGCCAUCGCCACCGAGCUGCUCGAGACGAGAAGCAGCAAGUACUCGAGCCGGCCCCGCAUGGUGGCCAUGGGCGAGCUGCUCUGGGACGGCGCCAGCAUCCUCGUGAAGCCGUACGGCAAGGAGUGGAGCGUCCGCCGGAGGCUGCUGCACCUCGCGCUCACGCCCAAGGCUUUGCGCCUGUAUAAGCCGGUGCAGGAGGCCGAGGCGGUGCGGCUUGCGAACGGGCUCCUGAGCCGGCCCAGCGACUACGUCAAGCUCAUUGAGACUUUCACGUCGAGCGUGGUGUUCUGCGUGUCGUACGGGCAUCGCAUCGACUCGCUGAAUGCCAAGGUCAUUGGCCAGCGGUUCGAGUUCAUGCAUUACUCUGCUUCGCUGAACGUGCCUGGAAAGUACCUGGUCGAGAGUAUCCCGGCGUUGAAGUAUGUGCCUGACUUCCUGGCGCCCUGGAAGAGGGAAAUCAAGAAGCAGGGGCGGAGGGAGGCGAAAGCGAACAUGGAACUGGUUGAUGUCGUGAGAGGGGAUAUUGCCAGGGCCGAAAAGGAAUCAUCAAAGGAGAAGCUGCCAGAUUCGCUAUGCAAGAUACUGCUGGAGAUGCGGGAGGCUGAGAACAUCCCGCUGUCCGAUCGCGACUUCUCCUUCGUCCCGGCUUCGCUGUUCGGCGCUGGGUCAGACACGACAGCGUCCACGAUGUGCACGGCCUUUCUGGCCCUCAUCACGCAUCCGGAAACCCUUGGAGCGGCACAAGCCGAGCUCGACACUGUCAUCGGGCCCGAUCGCACCCCGACGUUCGACGACGAGGCAAAUCUGCCCUAUAUCAGAGCGUUGGUCAAGGAGGUCCUACGAUGGAGACCGGUUGCGGUCCUGGGCGGCACGCCCCAUGCUUCAACGGAGGAUGACCACUAUGACGGCUACUACAUACCAGCCGGGACGACGGUCCUGGGUAACUCGUGGGCGAUCAACCUGAACGAGGAGUACUACCCGAACCCCCAUCACUUCAACCCACUGCGUUUCCUAGACAGCAACAUCGCUGCCAGAGUCAAGCAGACUCCCGCAACCAUCACUCCCGCCAGCGAGAAGCACGACCUCGAGCUUGGCGGGAAAGCCCACCCCUCCAAGAGCGGGCACUCAUCGUUUGGCUGGGGACGACGAAUCUGCCCGGGGGCAAAUCUGGCUGUGAAUUCGCUAUAUAUCGCACUGGCCAAGCUCCUGUGGGCGUAUGAUAUCAAGCCGAUUCCGGGCCGCACGUACGAUACGUUCAAGUACACGGAGGGCUUCAAUAUCCGACCUCAGCCGUUUGAAUGUAUAAUCCGCGUCAGAAGUGCAAAGCACAAGAUGGUUUUGGAGGGGGAGAUGGCGCAGGCCGAGGCAUUCCUGGAGAAGUUCACGCCGUUUGGCGAAUAG